AUGGAAAUCUUUGUACUCGUCCUAGCCGUCUUGACGGUUGGUGUUUACGGUGUUUGCCCCCCGUUUUUGUCCAACGAAAAUUCGUGCAACUGCAGCUCAUUUGUCGACGGACUGAUGAUUCACUGCGUGGGACCCGAAGCAACGCAGGUUAUUGAAAAGCUGAAAUUGUACGAUGUUUAUAUCAGGGAACUAUCCAUCCACCAAGCCAAUAUCAAAGAAGUAAGUAUUUUAAUGCUAACUUAUGUAACUAUAUUCUUGACUGAUUGGCUGAUUAAUAGCCAUAUAUAAAA